AUGUCUUCCCGUCUACGGUCGCUGAUCACCUCCCUCCGGCCCUCAGAGGAGAGGUCUCUGGACCCCGACUUCAAACUUCCCCACCUCCCUUCACUAACCAUCAUCCUCCUCUCCAACGUCCUCCUCCAACUCUCCUUCUACAUCACAAUCCCCUCCCUCUCCUCCUUCACCCGCCACCUCGGCGGCACAAACACCUUCUCAGGCCUCUGUAUCGGAAUCCCACCCCUCCUCGCCGUAGCCCUAACAUACCCCGUCCUCCGCCUCGGUCGCGGACACUACACCUUCCCCCUUCACCUCUGCUGUGGCUCAAUGUUAGUCGGGAAUAUCCUCUAUGGCUGCGCGUAUCGUGCGCAUAGUUUGUGGAUGAUGUUUGCGGGACGACUCGCGUUCGGAGGAGGUUUCGUGUUUUUUAUGUAUCAGAAGCGGUUUGUUGCGGACGGGAGGUAUGUCGGGGUGAGGAGACGGACGACGUUGAGUGGGAGUUUGGUUGUGGGACAGGGGGUUGGGACGAUUUUGGGGCCGUGGUUGGGUGGGGUGUUGUAUAAGGUUGGGUUCGGGAAUGAGGUGUUUACGGGGUAUACGGCCCAGGCAUGGAUCCUCGCUGCUAUGUGGCUGGUCUUCUGGUUCUUCGCAUGGAGAUAUUUCAAAGAAGAGGAUCCGUCGAUCGUGUCAACUCUAUCCACCACCUCACUUCCGCCUUCGUCGGAACCACAAACUAACGACAAGGAAAAGGAAGGUGCGAUAACGGACCUAACCUCCGCCGCCCCAACGGAGCCGUUAACCCCCUUCACCCUCUCCCUCCGCGUCAAAUUCCCAAUGGCUCUAAUGUCCUUUUACGCCUGCAUGGCCUUCUUCGUCCUCUCCUCCUGGGAAGCCUUCAUCCCCGUCUACGCCGCUUCCGCCCCGCAAUUCCUCUGGUCCCCGCUCUCCUCGGGGAAUUUCAUGGCGCUGGGCGGGUUGGCAGCCUUUCCAUUUUUGUUAUUGAAUGUUUUCGCGGCGAGACGGGUACAAGAUCGGUGGAUUUUGGUUGGGAUGAGUUUGUUCGGCAUCGGUGGUCUGGCAAUCUUCUUAUCGACGCAUGAAACGGGUAAGGUGACCUAUGCCCCAUUCUUCAUAACCUGGUUCAUGACGGUGCUGGCGUUCAACACCCUCACCUCAAUCCCCGUAUCCCUCCUCUCGAAACAUCUCCCGCCGGAGUGGGUCACGCGGACGAGUAUUAUGGUGCAGAUGAGUAUGUAUACGGGGAGGGUUACAGGUGCUGUGUGGGGUGGAGCAGGGAUGAAGGUGGGGCCUGUUGCUGAGUUGGCGUUGGAGAUGGGGUUGGUGGGGUUGGGGGUUGCGGGGGUGGUAGUCUUGUGGGGUGGGUUGAUGGCGAAGAAGGGCUGA